GUCACAAGACUGAACAGCGUCACUCGCACCCUUGCGAUGCUGGACCAUCCAAAACUUCUCUGGAAGUCGAAUUCCCUGAUCGAGUGAUCCCUGCGGAUGACAUGACGGAACAUGAUGAGAAGUGGCGCUGUAUCGCUUGCUCAAUCGCUUCAGCUCCGGAAUCUGCGCCGACACACGAGAACGCGGCGGAAGUCAAGACUCGCAUCAACAGUAUGGAGUUGCUCCAGAGAAAUCUGACUGUCUCACCAUUGACCCGUGUCACGGAACCGAGUACAUGGCGCGAAAGUGAAAGUGACAUGAUUCAUCGUAUCAGACGGGGACUCGAAUCGGUUCUGGAUGAUCAGGCUCAUCUAUCAUCUUUGGACCCAAGCAAUGAUCACCGCAUCGGUCUGGCUGGUCAUUCCCGUCAAGGAUCCAUUCUCAUGCAAAAGAUACUUGGGUUAUACCCCGGGCUCUCGCAAGCGAAAAGCAAACUCCAGCAUGGAGAAACGAGAAAGCUACUUUUCAAGUACAGGCUGCAAGAUGGACUCACGCCAUUGCCUUCGACAUGGAGCAAAGCCUCUCAAAACGGCCUCCAAAGCAAGAGCACUGAGAGGGCGGUCCUACGGACACUAGAUUCUAACACCUUACGCGAUCAGUGAACAUGGCUCCUGUCCCAUAUGAGACGAACGAGACAGUCAUGCACAGGAUACAUGCGUACAUAGUCUUGAUGCUGGGAGGU